AUAACCCACACCACGCCCGCCGCCCACGUCCUAGCCAUGAUUGAGGCUAUGAGGACCGCCCAGCCCGUGAUCUGGUGGAAGGCUAUGUGCUACCACUACGUACGCAGAUCCAGACACGUGACUCGCUAUCGGAAUGGAGACGCCUACACGAGCACCCAGGUGUACUACGAGCGCGUCAACUCCCACGCCGCCGGCACCUGCUUCCACUUCUCCAACUGUGGCGUAAAGGACAUCUCGAAGAAGUUGGUGCAUCUCUCGAGGUUCUCCUGCACCAAGAUAAGAUUUUCGAAAGGAUUUGCAUUCGCCAAUUUAGAGACAGCUAAUGAGUUUGAGGAACAAAGAUCUCGUUUCUUCCAGGAGAACGAGCGCCGCGACGACUACAUGGAGAUGCGCGAGGGGCUCGACCUGACCAACGUGACCUUCCGGGAGUUCGCCAUCGCCCGGAGGGACACGAAGCGGCUGCCCUGGUACACUCGCCACUCGGUCUUCUGGGUCGCGUCGCUGCUCCUGCUGUCCUGGCCGCUGAGGCUCAUCGUCGAGUACAACACGGCGUAUGUGCACUAUCAGCGGCUGCCCUGGUACACUCGCCACUCGGUCUUCUGGGUGGCGUCGCUGCUCCUGCUGUCCUGGCCGCUGAGGCUCAUCGUCGAGUACAACACGGCGUACGUGCACUAUCAGGUGACCAAGCUCUUCGGGGUCAACUACACGACGCCCGUGAGCGGCGGGCGCGCGUCCCGCGGGUCGGCGGCGACGGACAGCCACGACCUGGAGGUGACCAUCGCCAACAACUGCACCGUCGUCCCCUCCUACAGCGAGGCGCUCCUCAUGGACAUCGGCGGCCCCGCCUCGCUCGCGCCCGCCGUCGACGCCAACGGCAACAUCCAGAACGGAGGCAGCCUCCCGGCGGCGCCGUCCUCCGCCAGCGUCGGCUCGGAGCUGGCGCCGUCGUCCAUCGAGGCGGCGGCGUCGCGCACGUCGCUGCACAACGGCUACGUGCUGUACCACCCGUCGCCGCUCGUGCCCGUCACGCCGCUCGACCCGUUCCAGGGGCGGCGCCGCACCACGCCCACGGAGGCCCCGCCCACCUACGACGACGCGCUGCGGGUGUCCGCCCCCCUCCUGGGCACGAUGUCCCCCUCGCCGCUGCGGCGCUCGCACACGGAGCGGGACAUCCCCUCCACGCCGCGCCUGGCGCUCCCCAGGCACUCGUGCCACUACGACCUGGAGACGCAGCUAUGACAGUUCCCUUCCUCCUCCACCCCACCUGAC